UAAUGACAAAGUUUAUUCUUCUAAACCCUAAGAGGUGAAAUACAUAUUUUCAUCUUUUCAGGCAAGUCACAGAAUGAUGCAGCUCAUCAUAUUCCCAGAACUGAUAUGGACCAACUUCUUCUAGACCCUAAGAGGUGGGCUAGCAUCAAGCUAGGUAUUAACAUGCCAGCAAGAGCCGAAAGAACGAUAAGGAAACCGGAGUUUGAACUACAACUCGUCGGAGAACGGACGGGGGAGUUUUACGAAGUUGUGAUUUUCUUUGGCAUCAUCGUCAUACUUCAAGAUUAUGACAUAACCAAAAAGCUUGAGCAUGCAUAUAAAUCCAUUCAGUAUGACCCUACUUCAAUAUCAGCUGUGGAUCCGAAGCAGUACUCAAGACGAUUUCGGGACUUCAUUUUUAAAGUUUUUGAUGAAGACACUUAGCAGUUUUCAGCUGUGAACAUGAACAAAAUGAUGUCUUCCAUGAGUCUAUGGAUUGAGUUAGCUAUAAGCUUUAAGGUAAUGCUUAUUUAUCACAAAACAUUUG